UGACAGCACAGUUACGAAGAUAGGAUAGGAGGAGCUAGACGUCCCAGUGUUUUUCAUACACCCACGUCCUCGGUGAAAAAUUAAAUAGCAGAUAAGGAAGAUAUAUCCGUUUCCUGCAUUUGUUAGUUGGAUCUUCAUUGUUUAUUGUAUUUAAUAGAAAAUAAUUCAUAGAAUGCAACCACAGGACAUUGCAUUGUAGUCAGUUGUAUCAUUGCCCUGAGAAGGAGAAUUCAGAAAGAGAAGAGAAAAUUCACUUUAAAUACAUACGGUGGAAAAAAUCUUGUCUUCAUGGCAGAAAACAAUUUUCCUCCCCUGCCGCGGUUCAUUCCCCUGAAGCCGUGUUUCUACCAGGACUUCAAUGAGAUCCCUGACCAGCACCGCACCAUGUGCAAGAGGCUGUACCACCUGUGGAUCUUGAAUAGUGCUACACUGGCUUUUAAUCUGAUUGGCUGCCUGGCAUGGAUGUGUGGUGGGGGCGGAGCCACUAACUUUGGCAUGGCCAUUCUUUGGCUCAUUCUCUUCACACCCUGCUCCUAUGUGUGCUGGUUCAGGCCCAUCUACAAGGCCUUCAAAACUGACAGCUCCUUCAACUUCAUGGCCUUCUUCUUUGUCUUUAUGGCACAAGUGGUGAUCAGUAUUAUCCAGACAGUGGGGAUCCCAGGCUGGGGAGUGUGUGGCUGGCUGGCAACCAUCACCUUCUUCAGCACCAACAUCGGCUCGGCUGUGGUCAUGCUGAUCCCCACCAUUAUGUUCACUGCAGUGGCCGUCCUCUCUUUCGUCGCCCUCACCAGGGUCCAUAACCUGUACCGGGGCAGUGGAGGCAGCAUGAGCAAAGCCCAGCAAGAGUGGACCUCAGGGGCCUGGAAGAACCCGCAUGUCCAGCAGGCCGCCCAGCAGGCAGCCGUGGGGGCGGCCCAGGGGGCCGUCAAUCAGAACGAGUACUCCUCCACGCCCAACUACAACUACGACAACCAGAUGUAGGGCGCGAGGAGGGAGGAGGGAGGGGGGAGAGGAGGUAGAGGUGAGCAUGUCAAAGCGCGAGCUGGCACUCCGCGCCAGUCGGCUGAAAGGCCAGAGAUGAACAUCCUGUCAUUUCCCACGGUCUGCUUAAUGAAAAGAAGUGUUUUUUUUUUUUUUUGGAUGCAGUAUUUUUAUCUGCUUGCCAGACUCCAAAUAAAUAAAGGUGUCCCAGUUUUCCUUGCAUGUUCCCCUUAGCAUUUCCAUUUUUUGGCCAUUUUAUAUGUCUGACAGGUACUAGUUAUAAACAGGGCUGUUCUGAAGCAUCGUAGCACUCCUGUUCCCCUGUCCUCGGGCUGUCCGUAGCCACUCUUCCCAAACAGUUUCACUGGAAAGGGACAGCUUUCUACCCCAUGUGUCUGUAUCAGCUGUGUCUUGCAUCAAAUGCACACAGUUCAAACACUCCUAGCCUGCGCCAAUUCAGACAGUUCCUCCAUCUUUAUGUCCCCUAACAUUGUACAUUUACCAAAUCAGACACUAGGUGGCAGCAAUAUAUCAAUUUUCCCAAGAAACAUUCCACGAACAGGUGAAGUAUCUGAUACUACAGGAUAUUUUAAAUGAAUACGUAAGGAAAACAGUCUGCUUAUGCACAGACUUUGAAUCUCUGUUCUCUUCCAGCUGCAUCAAUUUUCUGUAGUUCAAUUAAUCAUUUAUUUGUCGUCUUAGGCCUUAGGCUGUGGUUUACCAGUGCCUGCUCGCGAUUUGUCAUGUCUUGGCAAAUAUUCUAGUGUUUCGCAAGUUUCAAUUUUUUUUAUUUGAUCAUUUAUUUUACAGAAAAAUCCUCUCUGGGUUUAAAUGUACACUAGUGACUGUGAACGUAGAACUCUGAGCUGCCAUACUUGAGUGUUAAUGUGCAACAAGUAUUUGUUUUUUUGAUUUGUUUAAUUUUUAAAGUGGUAAGAAUCAGAACUUUCUUUUUGUAAUCCUGUAGCAGUAUCAUAAAACAUGUAUAAUCCAAAAAAUAUAUAGUUAGAUCAUGAUAUGGUGUUCACUAUUUAAAACAAAACAAAACAAACAAAAAAAUUGAGUGUGCAACUUUAAUCCAGCCUUUCAGAGGGAUUUUCUAUUUGCUAUUAUUUACUUUAAAGUAUGUUUGUGUUUUUAAUUCUCAGGAAAAGCAGAACUUUGGACUAUGAAUCUUUUCCUGGUUUUAGGGCUUUUAGUUCAUUUCUGUACUAUUAGAUGCUGAACUGAGUCUGUGAGUGUUGCUGUUUUAAGGACAUUGGUUGUGUUUGGCUCAUUUAGCUUCGCUAGAGCUUGAGUGUCACUAGCAGAGGCAUGGCUGUGCUCUCACGAAACAACACUGCAUUCAUUUAAAGUGAUGUAAUACAUGCAGGUUAGUGCAGUAGGAAGUGGCUGUGUUCACUCCGAGCUCAGAUUUUAUGUAGCCAGUGAUUAGAUGUGUGUAGACGACUGAAAUAAGAAUUGCCACAGCACAGUAACACGUGUCUAGCUUCUUAUCUCACCCAACGUAUUAAACCAUCCCUCUGGAUUUGCAAUGUCUCCUGUAACAGGAGCAGGACGAAAGCUGUCCUUACAAUCCGCAUUAGGUGAGGCUCCAGCCUGUGACCGAAGCACAACUAUGUCAGGUGUGGGGAACCAAAACGAAACUGGCCCCUCUGCUGGUGACACGGGAUGGCCGGGGUAAUGCACGCUACUGCGGUGCUGGGGCUUUGCUCUGCUCUGUCCCGCACGGUUUAGUACGUGUUACAGCACACAGAACAGUUCCUUUUAAGCCAUCUUUUCACCAGUCCUGAAAUACCAAUCCUGUGCGUUCAGCUCCUUCAACCAACUCUAUAAAAAAAAAAAACCUAAAAAAUAGUGUCUGUGAUAGUUGGAUGUUGUGGAUGACAAGUGUAAUAUAAAUGUUGCUGUAUAUGUGAGUGAUUAACACAGAAUGUUAAUUAUGAUAAAAGUGAAUUGGCCCUAAAGUUCCUUGCUACAGUCAACACUGCGCAGUUCAUGUGUGAUUCAGGACCGGUAUUGCGUGCUACGGAAUUUCUUGUGGUCUCUUUAACAAUCACUGAGGUCUAGCCCUGUGCGAAUAAUCAGUUUUACUUUGAGGCAAUCUGUCUCCCGGUGUAAUUGAGCUCAGCACUGCAUUUGAGAACAAUGCUUUUUAUUACAAACGGUGAACUGCUUAUUCCUGUUCCUGAUUACAGACACUUGAGGGGCAAGAGGGACAUAAAUAAUAAUUCAGCAGAAAUAGAGACGCGUCUUUAUAAUCUCACAGGCGGGGGUCCAAACAGGAGGCUUUCAACAGAGCUGGCGGUCAUUUUUCUGAUAAAUUAAAUUGUAUAGUUCAAGUGUGUAUGUUGUCCAAGAGUCCUAUUAUAGGCAUGUAACAUAGUGCCAGUAAUUUCAGUAACUUGUGAAUUGACUGACCUGUAGGUGCAGUGGUGUUCAUGUGCUUUUUUUUUCUAAAUGAAAGUGUUCAGUACAUAAAAUUGUUUUUCAUUAUUAUUUAUUUUUUUAAUUUGUGUUUUUUUUUAUACCCAUGUAGAAGUAAGAGUGUAUGAAGCAGUGUUGUUCUGUGUCUUGUUCUGUGGCUGUUGGCAAUGGGGACUGGGCAGCAGGGGGCGCUCAGGUGCACAUACUGUCCAGUUUUGCACUAGAGCUGCACUGUCACUGACUUUGCUAUUGAAGCACAUAGGCAUAUACAUGUUACUCUGUCAUCCAGCACCCUGUUUCUCCAUGGCAUCAGACAGGCGCAAAGAGACUUGGGAGAAAAACACCAGGUAACCCAAAGAGAAAACUACAGCUUCACUUCAUGGUUAAACCUGAUUUGUCAUAUAGAGGCAUAUGGGUGAGCGGAUAUUAAGAUGGUAGAAUCUGCUCAGAUGGAAGACAGCUUGCUGAACAAUAUCAGUGUGGCCUCAUGUAUUCAUAAGGAUAGUCAGCUAAAACUUGUCAUGGUAAGUUUAUCUAUCUAUUGUGCCCUCAUGGUGGUAGGUACCAGUCAGACGAGGUUCCUUUUGUUCUUACUGUGGCUCAGAACGUAACCUCAGCAUAUAAACAACAUUUGUGAACAAGUGUUUUGUUCUAACGUUAGAAAACCAACAAAGCAGCGCGGGCUCUCCAGUCCCUACCUGGUAGAACAUACAUAGGAAUCCAGAACAUUCUAUUAAGACACCAGCCCUUCUAGAUUACCAUCAGUGCCCUCCCCGUCUUUGCCAAAGCUUCUAGUUCUGAUCUGCCCAUAUUUAUAUGCAUAAAUGCACACGGCAAUUUACAUAGAUUAUUAAACAAAGUAAAUGACUACGUAUAGUUUCAGAACUAAAAUAUUACAAUAAAGUCUCUGUGUUAUGGUUAAAAUACGUGAAAAUCAGAUAUUAGCGUAAGCCUGUGGAUUGAAUGGUGAUUAAUGUCGUGUGUGCAGCAUGUGUGUGUGGUCAGGCACGGUUGUGAUUACUGUGCUUGGUCGCAAGGGGGCAUUGCUACAGACUACUAGGAGGCAAGAAAAACACUGUGUUCAUCUAACACCAUGGUAACUAACCCAGUUCCUAGAGAUCUACCAUUCUGUAGCUUUUCACUCUAACCCUAACAAAAAGCACACCUCGUUUAACAGCUAGAGAUCUUGUUGAGCUGCUCAUUAGUAGUCUGGUGUGCCAGAUUAGGGUUGAAAUAAAAACCUGCACGAUGAUCAGUCUCUAGGUACAAGGCUGGUUACCACUGAUCUAACAGGUGUCAAAUUCCAGUUUGGGGGAGCCACAAUGUCUGCUGGAUUUCAGGGUGUUAUUGGCACCAGUGAUUCAUUAAGUUAUUGAUUGGCUAAAUAAUCCACACACCUUGUUCUCAAGGCCUUAAUUGGCAGUUCAUUGAAAGGAAACCAUGUAAACCUGCAGACACUGCAGCCCCUGAGGAAUUGAGUUUGGCAACCCAGAUCUAAGUAGUAUUUUAGGUGUUUAGAGUGGCUGUUGUGUUGCCAUAUUCAAAAGCCUUUACACUUGUGGGAAAAAGAUGGAGGCCUUUGAGGAAAAAAAUGUGAAGUUCCCCUAUGUAAAUUUAAUAAAUGAUAAUGUAAUAGAUGAUUAUGCUUCUUAGUCAUGUAGUUCCAAUUGUUGAUAUUAACUAUAUAAUUACCUAAGCAGUGGUAGAUGGCUCUCCCAUCGAUUCAAAUUCCUUGGUGUAAACUUGUGCUGAUCAUGUGACUUUGUCCUCUUGGGAGAUUAUUUUGGUCUUAACAUCAUGCUGAAAAACAAUUUUGGGAAAUACUUUUUUUUUUGUUCAUUUUAUUUUUAAGCAUUUCUAUUUAUUUAUUUUUUUCCUGAUGAAUAUUAAAGAGAUCCUGAUGGAAA